CAUUAGUACGUGUGGUCAGAGACGGAAGGACCCCUGAAUGCUCUAAAAACAUAACGCGGGCUCGUGUAAACUUUAAAAAAAAAACAGAUUUAUGACGAAAGCCCGCACGCAGACACAAACCUGACCGGGACAUUUCGACACAUGUGUGGACUUGACGUUUUGUCGCUGCAGUUUCACCGCAGAAGAGAGAAGUUUUUCCUCUGAGCUGCCACGAUGAAGAGGAGAAGCGAUCCGCCCUCGUCCCCGUUGCAGGGAUCAAAGCGGCCUCGAGAUGACAGCAGCUCAGAUGAAGAGUCACAGUUAUCAAGACAAGACUCGAGCCAAAAUGACUCACUCAGUGACCAGGAGGAUCAGAGGCCGCGAUUCUCCAGGCCCUCUGUAUCGUCCCUUGAUGACCAAGACGGUGACGUCACACAGACCUCCUCUAGUUUCUCACUGUACAACAGUGUGUCACAGAAACUCAUGGCCAAGAUGGGUUUCCGUGAGGGUGAAGGUCUGGGAAAGUUUGGCCAGGGACGUAAAGAGAUUGUGGAGGCCUCUACUCAGCGAGGGAGAAGGGGUCUCGGUCUCACACUGCAGGGCUUUCAGGGGGAGCUCAACAUCGACUGGCGCGAUGAACCAGAGCCCAGUGCUGUGGAGAAGGUAGACUGGUUCCCAGAAUGCACUACAGAGAUCCCAGAUUCAGAUGAGCUGAGGGACUGGAUGAUUUUAGGACGGAGAAAACUAAAGAUUGAGGAUGAGACAGAGUUUUGCACUGAAGACCUCCUGCACACUCUUCUAAGGUGCAAGGGAGUGUUCGAUAGCCUGGAAGGCGAGGAGAUGAGGAGAGCACGGACACGUUCUAACCCCUACGAGAUGAUCAGAGGAGGUAUCUUCCUCAACAGAGCAGCUAUGAAAAUGUCCAACAUCGACCACUGCUUCGACAAUAUGUUCACCAACCCAAAGGAUUCGCAAGGGAAACCUCUGACAAAAGACCGCGAGGGCGAGCUGCUGUACUUUGCUGACGUCUGUGCGGGGCCUGGAGGAUUUUCAGAGUACAUACUGUGGAAAAGACGUUGGCAUGCCAAGGGGUUUGGCAUGACACUGAAAGGACCCUGUGACUUCAAACUGGAAGAUUUCUUUGCAGCUCCGAGUGAGCUGUUUGAACCUUACUACGGUGAGGGAGGGGUUGACGGAGAUGGCGACAUCACUCGGCCUGAAAACAUUACUGCCUUCCGAAACUUUGUCCUAGAGAGUACAGAAAAAAGAGGCCUGCACUUCCUCAUGGCAGACGGGGGUUUCUCUGUGGAAGGCCAAGAAAACAUCCAGGAGAUACUGAGCAAACAGCUGCUGCUCUGUCAGUUCCUCACAGCCAUCUCUACACUCAGGACAGGUGGUCACUUUGUCUGUAAGACUUUUGACCUCUUCACACCCUUCAGUGUGGGUUUGGUCUACCUGCUCUACCUCAGCUUCGAAAGGAUCUCUCUUUUUAAACCUGUCACCAGCAGGCCCGCCAACUCUGAGAGGUACGUAGUGUGUCGUGGUCUGAAGCCCGGUUCGGAUGCCGUCAGGGAAUACAUGUUCAGAGUCAACCUGAAACUGAACCAACUGAAGAACUCGGAAAGGGACGUCACAGAUGUCGUUCCCCUGAGCAUCAUCAAAGAAGACACAGACUUUUACCAGUUUAUGGUCAACUCCAAUGAGAGCCUCUGUGCAGUCCAGAUCAAGGCCUUGGCUAAGAUCCAUGCCUUUGUCGUAGACCCGACCCUUUCAGAGCCACGGCAAGCGGACAUUAGGAAAGAGUGUCUGAAACUUUGGGGGGUCCCUGAUAAGGCCAGAGUCACACCUGCUUCUUCAGACCCAAAGUCCAAAUUUUAUGAACUGGUUAAGAAUUCAGACGUGGAGUCGUUCCAGUGUAAACUCACACCUCUCAACUCCACCACUCUCGAGAAGUUGCGUCACAUCCUGGACCACAGGUGCAUUGUGGGAGGUGGGGAGCAGAUCUUUCUCCUAGCGCUCGGGAAGUCUCAGAUAUACACAUGGGAUGGGAAGAUGCCUGUGCGCUGGAGGAAACUGGAGAAUUUCAAGCUGGAGCUGCCAAGAGAUACACUUCUAAGCGUGGAGAUCGUCCAAGAGCUGAAGGGAGAGGGCAAAGCUCAGCGUAGAAUCAACGCAGUUCACGUAAUGGAUGUUUUAGUACUGAAUGGCACGGAUGUAAGAGACAAGCACUUCAACCAAAGGAUUCAGAUGGCUGAGAAGUUUGUGAAGGCAGUGGCCAAACCUAGCAGACCAGACAUGAACCCAAUCAGGGUGAAGGAAGUUUACAGGCUGGAGGAAAUGGAGAAAAUCUUUGUCAGACUAGAGAUGAAGGUGACAAAGAGUUCAGGAGGAGUCCCUCGUCUGUCUUACACCGGCAGAGAUGACCGACACUUCCUUCCUACUGGCCUUUACAUCAUUAAGACUGUCAACGAGCCGUGGACGAUGGCGUACAGUAAAAACUCCAAGAUGAAGUUCUUCUAUAAUAAGACAACCAAGGAGUCCACCUAUGAAAUGCCGCCCAACUCUGCUGCCCCCUUCCAUGUUUGCCACUCUGAGCGGCUCUUCUGGGCCUGGGUGGACGGGGUGAUAGUCCAUGAUUCUCAGACACGGGUGGAUCCUGAGAAACUGUCCAAAAAUGAUGUUCUGAGCUUCGUCCACCAGAAUUACCAGCCCUGAAAUACUCACAGAGGCCCAGAGCUUCACCAGAUACAACCAAGACGCAGAAUGCACUAACUUAUGAAGAGUACAGAGCCUUAGAAAUGGUUCAUACAAAGCCAUAAUUGAUAUUUAUUUUGACAGUAAAAGAGGGAUUUAUAAAAGACUGUACAGCCAAAUAAAUGCACCUACUAAUACACAGAUCAACACUAUCAUUUAUAGUUAAUAAACUAUAAAAAGUGUUUCAUGAAUCCCUGUUUAUUGUCCAGUUAAAUAUCAAUUAAUAAAACUGCUUUGUGACCAUUGCCAAGGCCCUUCUUUUCCUCUUUAUGUCGUUGCUUUGAGAAAUUUAAAAUGAUUACAAGGUUGUAGCCUGAGUUCUGGAGCUGGAGUGAUAAAUUGUUUGCUGCUAAAUUUAGCAGUGACAUUUGGACUCUUUUGUGUAAGCAACGGACGUUUGACAAACCACUCUGUCUUUCUGCCUUUUCCACUGCCCUUGGCUCUUUGAAUUGUAAUGAAUAAGACUCGCCUCAUAGGACAAUACAGAGACAAAAAGCUGCUGUUGUCUCUGCAUUGCAUUGCAUGUCCCCGUAGAUGAGAUUUUUACAUUUCCUCGUCAACACAAAGCUUGUGCGUGCGUGUGUGUGUGUGUGCGCGUACAUCACAAGAGAGAUGCAUCCGCAAUUUGGAUAAUGAUAGCUAGACAAACGUUAAACUAUGCAUCCAUGUCUGUAAACACAGUCUCGCUUGCCUCCCUCUACACCUGCUCGAAACACAAACAACUGCUCCUCUCUUCAUCUCCAUAGAGACCAGGCUUUGUCCAGGUUUAGUCCAGGCUCUCACACCAACAGGCUCGGUGUGAUCACACCUGCAAAAACUGUAGCCGAAGGCUAAAUACAACGAGCAUGUUAAUCAUGCUGAACUUUAUCCUCCACCAUCAUGUCAACUUUCAUCAGUUACAGAUGUAGCAGCUUUUCCCCGUUCUUACCUGCUCCUUCACACCGUUUGUGUGUGUGUGUGUUUAAAAAUUCAGAUGGUGUCCUGUUAUGUUUUAGGUUUGUUUCUACUCCGACACCUCUCUUUGUGAUUGUGCCUCAUAUCGCUUGUGUCUUUCUUAAAAAGUUGCAAAUGAGUUUGUUUGUUUGUUUUUUUCUUGUAAAGUUUAGCUAUCAAUCCAUGUGAUGUAAAUAAUAAUAAUGUAGUAAAUAAAUGGGAGAUGCUCUUCUGACUUGAA